AUGCAGCGUGUUCAGCCCGGCAGCAGCAGCAGCAGCAGCAGCAGCAGCAGUAGUGAGCGGGCUGAGACAAAGGGCUACUACUACAUGCAGUACAGUAAUUGGAGGAGGAGAAGCUUGCAACAGCAGAGCUUGCAACAGCAGAGCCUGCAACAGCAGAGCUUGCAACAGCAGAGCCUGCAGACAGCAGAGCCUGCAACAGCAGAGCUUGCAACAGCAGAGCCUGCAGACAGCAGAGCCUGCAGACAGCAGAGCCUGCAGACAGCAGAGCUUGCAACAGCAGAGCUUGCAACAGCAGAGCCUGCAACAGCAGAGCCUGCAACAGCAGAGCUUGCAACAGCAGAGCUUGCAACAGCAGAGCCUGCAACAGCAGAGCUUGCAACAGCAGAGCCUGCAACAGCAGAGCCUGCAGACAGCAGAGCUUGCAACGGCAGAGCCUGCAGACAGCAGAGCUUGCAACAGCAGAGCUUGCAACAGCAGAGCCUGCAACAGCAGACCUUGCAACAGCAGAGCUUGCAACAGCAGAGCCUGCAGACAACACCAGCAGCAAAAAAAU